CCUGAGUUCCAAACCCAACGCGCGGAUUUGGCCCCAAAUCUCUCUCUCCUCCUCACGGCCACCAGGACUGCAGCCACCGUCUUCCGCCGUCCCAGCCUUUUCCUUCUCUUCUUUCUUGGUGGCGCUUCGAUCUCCUUCUUUAUCUCCAGAUCCUCUCCCUUUACCGUUUGAUCGAUCUCCAUCGCCUCCUCCUCCGGUUGGGGAGGGAUUUAUCGGCGUCGGCGAUGGGAUCGGCCGGCUCCCGGUGAUGUGAUGUCUCUUUCUUGGAUCAUUCUUGGUCAGUUAGAUUCGAUCGAAUCCAUGUGGAAAAAUGUUGGAGUGGGAUCGAGUUCGUUGGGGUUUUGCUUCUACUUUGACGUCAAUUUGGGAUAUUUGGGAAAUAUGUGCAUUUUUUAAUGUCGAUCCGUUCCCACAUGGCGCAGUCGACGUCAAAGAAGGUAAUUACGAGAGAUGAAUGGGAAAGAAAGCUCAAAGAUGUGAAGAUUAGGAAGGAGGACAUGAAUAAGCUGGUAAUGAACUUUCUUGUAACGGAAGGUUAUGUUGAGGCUGCAGAGAAAUUCCGAAUUGAAUCUGGGACUGAACCGGACAUAGAUCUUGCAACGAUGACCGAUCGCAUGGCUGUUAAGAAAGCUGUGCAGUCUGGCAAUGUGAAGGAUGCGAUCGAGAAAGUCAAUGAUUUGAACCCUAUGAUUCUGGAUACAAAUCCCCGGCUAUAUUUCCAUCUACAACAACAGAGAUUGAUUGAGUUGAUUCGCAGUGGAAAAGUAGAAGAGGCUUUGGAGUUCGCUCAGGAGGAGCUUGCACCCAGAGGCGAAGAAAAUCAAAGUUUUUUGGAGGAAUUGGAGAGGACGGUAGCUCUUUUGGCAUUCGAAGAUGUAAAGAACUGCCCUUACGGAGAGCUUUUAGACGUGUCACAACGUUUGAAAACUGCAAGUGAGGUGAAUGCUGCCAUACUUACAAGCCAAAGUCAUGAAAAAGACCCAAAGCUUCCAAGGUUGCUGAAAAUGUUGGUAUGGGCUCAAAACCAGUUGGAUGAGAAGGCUGCUUAUCCACGAAUCAACGACUUAUCCACAGCCAUGAUUGAAGACCCAGCGAUAUGAGUAUAUAGAAAUUCCUUUGUUUGUAACUAGAUUAGUUUCUCCAGUACCGUGUAUCAUGUAUCAAAAUAAUGCUUGGAGGCUCGAGCAUCGUGUGAAUAGCUUCAUACAGGCCAUGUUUGUUGCUUUCUAGAAUUUAGCUUCUUGAUGCUACACAGUGCAGUGUUUGAGAAAUCGUUGUACGCACAUAUUAUGAGCUAGUUUCCUAUCAUACCUAGAAUGGAUUUAGUCUUGGCAUCCAAA